AUGAGUUAACAUAAUAGCAGAAUAGAUCAUCAUUUUCUCUCAUAAUAAUAUGGUAACAUUAUAAAUUAUAUAUUCUAGAAUCAUUCAAUUCAUUCAAUAAAGAAAAUAUAUUUAAUUAAGUUAAUAAGAUGAUCGAAUUGUACAAAAGUCAAAAUGAGCUAAAAAGUAAUUUUAUUUAAAUAUAUUUCUUAGAAUGUAAAUAAUAACCUCAUCUGUCUCCUUAGAAGCUUAUCUAUUAAUUACUGACAAAAACAAACACAAAAAAUAAAAAUAAAGUUAGUCUAUCUUAAAAUAUUGGUCAUAAAAAAAUAACUCAUUCACCUAUUUCAAUUAAAUAGAAAUCUUUGCCUUAAUAGUCUUUGCAAUGCUCAUUCCAUCAAAAAAAAUAAGUAAAAAUCCUAGUUAAUAAAGGCUUAAUUUUUUGAUACUAAUUUAAGAAAUCAAAAUAAAAUAUAUUGUUAAGAAUUUUCAAUCCUUAAUUGUAAAAAAACUUAAAAACUUAACAUUAUACAUCCCAAAAAUUCUCUUACUGAAAAUCUAUCCAUUAAUUAACCAACUUAUAAAUCAUUAUGCGAAGAUAAUUGUUCUCUUGAAUUUGAUGAAAAUAAUGAAAAUACUUAUAAAUAACAACAAUUAGUCAAUUUUUAAUUAGCUAUCAAAUCUUUAUUGAAUGAAUGCAAUAAUUUAGUAUAAAUAUCAUAGAGUAAUGAUUAUGAAAUUAAAUAUAAUAAUUUAUAAUAUGAAUUAGAAUAGAUGUUAACUUCAAUCAAUAAAAAAUCAUUAAAACUUAUAACCUAGUUAUAAUCUAAUGAUAAAGUUCAAUAACUUUAAGAUAUUGAAGAUGAAUUAAAUUCAAUCUAAGUAGAUAUCGCUUAGAAUGAACCAAACAUUUUAACUAAUAUGCAAAUUAAACCUUUUAAGUAUUUAUUAUUAAAUAUCAUUUAGAUAUAUAAUGAGCAAAUACAAAGAUAAAUUAUAGGGAUAUUUUCAAAUUAUUAAAAAUAAUGAAUUAAAUCAGUAAAAACAAUUCAUAGAUGAGAGAUUAAAGUAAUUAACCAAAAUUAAAACAAUUUUUAAUAAUUAUUUUAAUCGUUAAAAUUAAUUGGAUUCAAUAUCCCAAACUUAACCAUUAAGUUCUCGAAGAAAAAUUAAAAAUAAUAAUGUUUAUAUUUCUUUUGAAAACAAAGAAAUGUUUUAAAUAGCAGCAUAAAGUGAAUAAGGAUAUUUAUUAGAGUCUCCAAAUUUUAUUCAAAAUUGA